UUAGUGCUCAGUUUCUGUUUUCAGUUUCAACUAAAAUUUCGGUCUGUGACUUAGAAAGAUUAUCGUCUCUUAUACUCUUCAGUUCGAAACGUCUAAUUUCAUAUGUAAAACUAUCAUAGGUUAAUAAAUAAAAGAAUAAGGCUAGUGACUGCAAAUUAUUAUACUGACUGGCUAUUUUCCUAAUUUUUUUGAACAUUAUUUAAUAAUUGGUAGUUAAGUAUUUGUGUUGAAAUGAACAUAGUUUAUUGAGACACUGAGCAUCCAUUUCAUCGUAUUUUAGUUCUAUCGCACGCACUCUUAUUCAUGAUGGCGCAAAUCACCGAGAGUACACAGAAUUUAAGUGAAAAUGAAGCAGAAUCACUUAUAAAUAAGGGGAAAUUUCAAGAAUUAUUUGAAAAAUUUGACCUCAAUUAUGUAUUUGAUAAAUCAGGAAAUAGUAUACUUCAUUUAUCGAUACAUCAUGAUAGUGCAAAAUUAACAAAAACUCUUGUUAAAAUGGGGUGCAACGUCAACAUUCAGAAUAGACUUGGUAAUACUGCUCUCAUGGAUGCUGUGGAUCAGAGAAAGCUUAUGCAAAUAGAACUACUGCUCAAAGUAAAAAAUGAUAUUCAAGUGACUAAUAUAGAAGGCGAUAGUGCACUGACAUUGUCUCUGAAAACUGUAGACCAUCCACUUCAAUUAGCUAUCAUGAAAAGCUUAUUUGAACAUAUUAAAAAUAAUACGUCAAACAGGGAGGAGAUUUUGAAGAUACUAACAGAAGCGAAUUGCUCAUUGACAUGUGCUGCUUUUUUUGAGGAUAUCGAAGUUUUUAAAUUAAUGAUACAACAAGGGUGUGAUAUCAAUGAUAGAUAUUUCUAUAAUGGCUGGACUGCAUUACACGUGGCUGUAAUGGAGAACAACAAAGAAAUGAUCAGACUACUUGUCCAUAAUGGUUGCGACGUGAAUAUCCCUGACAUAUUUGGAAACCUUCCAAUUAAUUAUGUGUUUGAUUAUAGUUCGAUUCAGUGUCCAAAAAUCAUAAGCUCUCUGAUGCCUACUAAUGUAGAUUGGACAGAUUUGUGUUAUCCUGGUGGAGCGAUGAAAUUGCGCUCUAUACUUGGCAUGGGUUGUCAAGAAACUCUGCGAUUAUUUUUGCAAUCCAACCAAAUUAAUUUUUCGGCACAAGAUAGAAAUGGUAAUACUCCAUUGCACUAUUUAGCUUCUAAUAUUAACAAUGGUAUAUUUGACCUUUUUCAAAAUUAUGAAUUCGAUGUGGAUGAAUAUGAUAUGACAUCAAAAACGGCGCUACACAUUGCUAUGAUUCGCGGUAGCGUACAAGCCGUGAAAUUCUUAUUAGCUAGAAAGGCUAAUAUUGAUGCUAUUGAUUAUUUUGGCUGUACGCCAUUAUUUUAUGCUAUUUCUCGCAGACAUACCCGAGAAAAUGAUUACAAAGAAUGUGUUGAACUGCUUUUAAAUCACGGUGCCGACGUACAAGUAAUAACGCCUGAAGAAGAUAAUGUCUUCAAAAGAGCUUCGCGUUGUCAGAAUACUUUUCUGAUUAAACCAUUGCUUGCUCAUCUUGCUAUCAUCGAAACAGCUGGUAAACCUGUCAACACAUCGAUUUUAGAAUUCAUUGAUUCUGAUACUUGUCUCAAAAAGCCCUAUGAGUUGUGUAAACAGGAUCUUAGAAUAAUGAAGGCAAAAAUUGUUUUCGGGACCGUAACGCUUUGGAAAUUUCUGAUUGAAAAUGAAAACAAAGUUGCUCUUUAUACGAGAAAUCAGGAAUCCUUUAAUGAAAUCAUGGAUGCAAAUUUUGUUUCUAAUCCAUACUAUAUAAGUUUGUUACGAAAACGCUUCAACCAAGCUAAGGAAAUUGAUGAAUUGAAAACUGCGGCUUCACAGGUUUUGAAUGAAACUAUAAAACAACUCAAAUGUAAUGAUAUUGUUGUAGAUCGAAUAAUUGGAUACUUAAACUACAAGGACUUGCUAAAAUAUCGAGAAGCUGGCAGUUCCGCAAAGUAUUUAAUUUAUAAUCACAACUACAGUACUUUCUUAGAGAUUGACGGAAAGAAAUAUCUCACUGACAACAUGGAAUUUCUGAUACAAAAUCAUCAAAAUAGAAAAGUUAUUUCUGCUCUAAGUAAUGUGAAUUUGAACGAAACAUUUGAUGAUUCAAACAUUACAUUUCUUCAUUUGUCCAUUAAAUGGAAUAAUAUUUUUUUGACUAAAUAUCUUAUUGAACAAGAGGUUGAAAUUAAUCCUAUGGAUGCUAACGGAGAGACUCCAUUGACAAUGGCCCUGAAAUGUAAACACUUGGAGCAAGCGGAACUUUUACUAAGUGCCAAUGCUAGGUUAGACAUUGCCGAGAUUAGCUGCAAAAAUGCUUUAAUGAUGACCUUUCAGUUGAAACACCGAAGGAAGGAAUUGAAAAUCAUAAAACUUUUUUUAAGGAAGCUUGCAGCUAUUUAUUCAAAUGAAGAUGAAUUGGUUAAAAUUCUGAUUGAAGCAGGUUGUUCGCUUGAUAAAGUAGUUUAUUUGAAUAGAUCCAGUUUGAUAGUGAAGAUUCUCGAGAAUGGAUAUCAAGUCAAUAAAACGCAUGGUAAUAAUUUGAAUAAUACAGCUUUACACGUAGCUGCGACGUUGAAAUAUUUGGAAAUAAUAAAAGUGUUGUUACAUUAUGGCGCCGAUGUCUGCAUUCCGAAUAAUCGUGGUCACAUACCACUUAUCCACGGAAUUGCCCAUAACUCCAACCAAGUUCCAGAUGUGAUAGAAGCUCUGAUGCCUCAAAAUUUUGAUUGGAUCAAAGGAAAUCUUGAGAAUGCUAGUAAAGAUAGAUUACCGUUGUAUUAUAUAUUUAUCAAAGGAACCAAAGAAACUUUAAAAUUAUUUCAAAGUCGCUACAAUGUAGACCUAACUGCCAGAGAUCUAUACGGCGAAACACCUUUACACUAUUUGAUGAUGAAUGGAAAUGAAGGCAUUUUAGAGUUAUUCUGUAAUACUGAAUUUGAUAUAAAUGCUCAAGAUACUCGCGUCCACGCAUCUGCUUUACAUUUGGCUGCUAUGUCAGGCAUGCCCAAUGCCGUUCAAUUUUUAUUGGAAAGAGGAGCUGAAACAGAUUCAAAAGAUUUAUUAGGACAAACGCCACUGUCGCAUAUCUUCAAUGCCAUUACCAUGUCUGAAAUUCGCACGGAAUCAUCGGAGAAAAUGAUAAAGUUCGCCGAAUGCGUGGAGCUGCUUAUUUUGUUUGGCGCUGAUCCCGAUUUAGAAUUCACAUUUGGGAUAAUAUUAGAUUAUGCCAUAUACUUUCAAACUUAUUGUUUGAUUAAAGCGGUCAUAGCCCACUGUGUGAUAUUAGAAAUUUCAGGCAAUUCAAUAAAACAACGAAUCUAUUAUCAGAUUGAUAGUAAUGAGAUAUUGAAAGGUUAUUAUCAAUUUUGCGUGAAACAACUUCAAAACACAAAAACGCAAUUUCUCUUUGAUAGAGUGACAGUUUAUGAUAUUCUUACACGAAGCGAGAAUAAAAUUGCACUUUACAUGUGUAGACGAAACGUGACGGAUGAAUUGAUGAAGACUGUAAUGCCAUUAGAAUCUUACUAUAGUAAGCUAUUCAAGAAACGUUUAACUGACGCUGCAGAACUCAAUGAGUUGAGAUGGAAUGUUGCUUUAUUGCUAAGCGAAACAAUUGGAUUGUUUGACCCAGACCAUUUAGUAAUAGAUAACAUUGUUCAACAUUUGAACAAAUUUGAUUUAAAAAAUAUGACAUAUAACAAUUCUUAAUAAUCUAUAAUUUGUCAGUAAUAGCAGUAAAUUAUAAUUAUCAGCAUUUAGGUCAAGAAAGCUCAAGAAACUCCUUUUUGGGCCCUCGUUCACUGCCCAGUCAUAUAGAGAGGGCCUAUUGAAUUUGAUCUCAGAAAAGUGGUUCCGUAUAAUUAGGAAUUCAGUUUGACUUGUUAAACCAAGACUUUUCCCACAGGGUAUACGUAUCCAGCCAUCCUGGAAAUAUGUUCCGUCCGUACGGACUACCCCAAUUUCACUAAAUUUGCUACUCUACUGGACAAUAUCUUGGUUUUAUAU